CCGAAUCAAGACGUGGUGCGUGUCGACGCGUCCUCCUCUCUACGAUGUCGCGUACACAUAGCCGUGAUUUUUAUUAAAAAAAAAAAUGAUAAAUCCUCCCCCCGUUUGACCGAGUUAAACCCGCUCGGCGAUGAGAAGAAACUUGCCGACCACCCUUCUCGCUACGUUCCGUCAGACUUGAACCGUGUGAUCAGUGUAAAUCGUGUUUCCAGGAGUUCGUAUCGACGGAUAAUCCGACGAGUUUCAGUGGAACGAAUCACGUUUGACGUGACCGCACGUGAAAACGAUGUUGGAACUUUGUUCGCGGGGAUGCGAUAGGCUUUGAAUGCAUCUUCCUACCCUUUCGAUCGACCGAAGUGCAUCGAACUUUCGAUCUCGCUUACGUUUUGAAAAUGAUAAAACGUUGAUGAUAAGGAUGAAGCGUUUCGCGAAACGGACUCAUAGACGCUUUGGAGAUUGUUUCUGGUGUUGAUUCCUUUCUAACCUGCUUUAAAUAUUCGAUGAACAAUCGAAUAGCGGGCGUUCGGCUAUCGGACUGAGCUCGAGGAACGAAAGAGUUGAAGGAAUUGAAACGAUCCACACGGAGGAUCGAAAGUUUCCCGGUUUCACGGGGAAAGUUGACGGCGUAAGCGUUCCCGAUGCGCGUCCUCUUCAUCCCCGUGGCGGCUAGUGCGAAAGGUGGCAUAUUUGAAACUUGAGCAACGUCUCCAUCGAGCAGUGCGCGCGCGAGUUUUCCGCCAGUUUACGCCCUGGAAGAGGGAACGUCCUAUGGAAGAUCCACGGAAGGACAAUAGACCGAAGGAUAAUCGAUCCUCGUACGCGAUCGAAGCGUCGCGGGGGUGUUUCGGAUCGGACUAACGUCGAGCCUGCCUCGGAUCUUUUCCUCUCGCUGUUCGUAUCAGCGUCGGACACCGUUCCCCCAUUACCGGGACGAUGAGAACGCGUUCGCGAUAGAGAUUCCCUCGAGUCGUUUGUGUUUUACGUGACAGUGAGUGGACGGUGCGCUGUCAGCCGGCGAAGAGGAUGUGAAUCGCUUCAGUAUCAAAGUGAACGCGACGUUGAAAAAACAGUUGCGGACAUGGCUUUGAGGUGGCAGGCGAGGCUGUCCAUUGCUGCCAUACUCUUCAUGUGCACCGAAGAUACACUCAGUUUAGGAGAUCGUACGAUAGACAUGGAUCGACACGUCGGCCAAAGCAGACCGCGAAACCAAUUGCUGGUGGACCCUUCGAGCGUGAAAGCGAAGGCCGAGCCGACGUUCGACUAUUCGCAAAACACCAACGUGACAGCCCUGAUUGGAAAGACCGCUUAUCUGACGUGCCGAGUCCGCAACGUGGGCGACAAAACCGUAUCCUGGGUCAGGAACAGAGACAUUCACAUUUUAACGGCAGGGUCGUACACCUACACGAGCGAUCAGCGAUUCCAAGCGCUUCACAAAAAAAAUACAGGCCAAAAUAGCGAGUGGUCUGAAUGGACUCUUUGCAUAAAGUGGGCGCAAGAGAGAGACCAGGGACUGUACGAGUGUCAGAUCUCCACUAUUCCCGUCAAGUCGCACCAAUUUCGUUUAAACGUCGUUGUACCGACAGCAACGAUACUGGGUGGUCCAGAUCUGUACGUGGGCGCUGGAAGCACGAUAAACCUGACGUGUGUGAUACACUUCAGCUCGGAACCACCAGCCUACAUCUUUUGGUACUACAACAAGCAAGUGUUGAGCUACGACAGUCCCAGGGGUGGCAUCUCGGUGAUAACUGAAAAGGGCGGCGACGUCACCACCUCUUGGCUCCUUAUUCAGACGGCGCAACCCUCGGACUCCGGGGAGUAUAGCUGCAAACCCAGCAACGCCAAUACCGCGUCCAUCAAAGUUCACGUUCUGAAUGCAGGCGAACGACCAGAGGCGAUGCAGACCGGAACUGCGGGACCCAUCUUAUCCUCGAGCUGUCUAUUGGUGUCCCUCAUCAUUUUGUACAUAUCGUCGGUGUAAACGAACGAAAGGGUGUCGACAACGUGGCCCGCAACGCCGAUUAGGCCGAGUUUUCAAGUAUGUCAGGGUAUGUUCUUCGACGAGUUCACGCAACCCGGUUUACCAGGAUCGAUAGAAUCGUUCGUGAACGGACUCUGCUAAUUUCACGUGUAUCGAGUACCACGAUUCUCGUAUUCGUACGUUCGAUUCCUAUGUUCGUCGUCUGCUCGCCAGCUUCAUUUCGAACGACUCUUCGAUCUCGAGGCGAUCUUGAUCUAGGAAACGCGUUCGGAUCGUCGGGAUUAACGGACGCGCGUGUCCGAACGGAGAAAUCGUUUAGUUAAGAGAACGUCGACGCUGAUACCGUGAACGACUUCGGUUCGAUAAAGGAAGAUUUUCAUAAUUAAUCCGCGUUUCGGAGGAAUAUAAAUUUCCCACGAUCUCGUUUCGCGAUGCCUUGAUAAUCCACGAUGAAAGGAGCCGAUUCGAGGACGAUCGUUCGAAUCCUCCGACAUGCAGGACACUAUUCGGAGGGAAAUAAAACGUGACUCGAUUUCUCGAUCACUCGCCGUUAACAAUGGAGAAGGUUCCCCCUUCGAGGAUGUUGCAAAAUUCCUUCCCUUUAUUUGGAGUUUCGAGUAUUCGUGAUCGAAGGAGUUGGGUAACUGGAAAAUUGAAAUAGAAGGAAUCGAACAGCUUCCUUGAUCCGUUCGUCGUUCGUUCGAGGUAUUAGCGUCCGGCCAGGGUAACAGGAAACUUGUACAUAGCGUCUGUAUUAUAAAUUGUGGCCGGGUGUGAUGAUAGUUACACGCCGAGUACGCGAGCGUAAAUGCGUGCACGCGGCAAAACACACACUCUCUCUCUCUCACGUGAAACCGAUGUGCUGGCGGAUCUAGUAAUUGCGUUUAUCGCGGGAAAAUCGAGUUUCGCGGUUGAAGUGGCUCCGAACGAGCGACGCGCCAACCAUGAACCGGGAAUCUUCGUCGACAGGGUUCGUGGAGGUAGGUGAAAAUACUAAACGCUGGAUCAUCGCUUCGAGUUUCGUCAAAGGAACUUCAUUUUUUUCCUUUCCUUCCCGUUCUUCCCUUCAUUUCCCGGCAGACUUUUUGCUACGACUACGAGGAAGAUUAAUCGUCAUCCGACGAGCUGGAGACACGUUGACCCGGUGUUAUUCUUUUCAACAGCGAUCGCUUUGAUCGAGAGCAGCUGAAUUUAUAACUAUCGCGAAUAUCAUAAACUUCGAAUGCCUGGAUAUUCAUUCAUUUUUUUGGAAUAAAAAAUAAAAAGGAAAUCCAGCGUCGCGGUACAAAACUCGACAAAGUUAAGCGAUGAUCUUGCCCCGACUUCCAGGUAAUCGAACUUCCCUUUCGAAUCUUUGUCGUUCUUUCCGAAUCGGUGGUCCGCGAACCAAACAGCGUCAGCUUUCAAACGAAUUUCCCUCGCGAGUCCAGAAACCUUUUUACUACUUUGUAUAUUUUUCCUUCCUUUCAAACGCUUCCCUGCGUGUACGUGACACAACGGUGAGAAAAUCUGUAGAACGAGAGCCGACACGUAAAUCGCGAAGGAUCGUAAAGAUAGACAAGGGUUGCACCACCGAGUUGGAUCCACUUCGGUCGCGACGCGAGAACACGACAAUUUUCACUUUCUAUUUGUGUGUGUGUGUGUGUGUGUGUGUGUGUGUGUGUCUGUAUCGAUGUGAUAUCCUCGCAGGUAGAGCAGGAAAGUAUCGGGCGUGGAAAAAAGUAUCCCUUUCCCCGCGGUACACACCAAUCGAAUUUCCCUUCACUCUUGUGUUCCUAUUUACCACCAUGCUGGCGAUUCUUUCCUCGGACUUGCGCGACCCGUCGGCAAAGACGAAGGGGAGAGCUAAAGAGAGAAAAGCGAUUUCCAGCCGGAACAUUCGACAGACCGAAAGUUUUUCCAGAUGGAAGCGGAAGGCUCGAAUCGAUACACGAAACGUGACUUCGGCCGCGUAAACUACGGAGAAUAAUUGCGUGAACCUCGAGAGCAACGGGAGAACGGGUUGAGAAAAGUUUCCGAAUUUCUCUUCCCCUUUCGACGGAAAGUACGUGUAACGGAUAGGACGCGGUCCAUUAACCGACUGACCGUAGAUUCGAUCUCGCGUCGCGAAUUACGUCCGCGGGAAACUCGGCCGGGGAUACGUUAUUUUGUUGGAAACUCGUUUAUCCAGCUGAUCGAUAAUAACGCUCGCGGCUAUUUCAUAGAAAAUCGCGUUUCCUCGACUUGUUCACAGGGUAGAUACACUUUUCGCUUUUCACUCACCCCUAAGGCUGUCCCGGAAAAUUCCAUACGGUUAUUCCUCGAUUAGCAGCUCCGCUUAUCUGAAAAUAAAGGAAAAUUUAGUAAUAUUCAAUCGCGAUCUUCUAUUUCAUAAUUACAAGAGGAAAAUUAAUUUUCUUUCCCGGAACGGAAUGGGUUUUUCAAUUUGGUAAUUGCACCGGUAACGUAAAGAUCCUGUACAAGAGUGUACCACACUUUACGAUAUUUUCCAGCUAGGAAACAGGCGGUAUACUCGGUGAAAGGGGAAACGAGGAAAAGGGAGGAAAGAAAGAAGAGCGGUGCAUCGAAACAGACUCUGGAUUUCGUUCGUUCCAGUUGAACAAAUCGGUCGCGAAUCGAAUUCAGCUGCCGUCGAUGCAAUUCGAUUCGAGAGUUGUCCUCCCUGCUCGCAAGCUUCGAUCUCGUUUCCCUGACCGUGCACAAAUCGCUUUGCCCUCGGUGUGGCCACUUUGUUACCGUGUUCGCGGCCUUUUACCCCCGGCCGAAAGGAAAAGUGAUGUCGACGAAUCGUGGAGAAAAACCGCGCGAAAAAUUCCAACGAUCGAACCGGCGGAAAGCCUCUCUCUCUCUUUAGAAUCUCUCUAUCGACUUUUUUCCGACUCGAUGCACGCGUUAUCGCGACGUAUCACCGCACAGACUAGCUAACUAAGCGAAACUAAACAAUAAGUGUCGCCGUUCACCGAGACGGCCGUUCGAGGACGCGAUUGCGAUGAAAAGCUGAGAAAAGAAAAAUAAAAAAGAUGAGAAACACGUUCGAAAACGGGGCGUCGUAGACUCGGCAAGCCUGUAGCUCUUAAUCGACGAUGCUGAUGCAAGAAAGAUGAUAAAUGAGAGGGAGAAUAAAACCACGAAAGAAUCUGUAAUCGCAGCGAUAUCGUUUAGACUAGAUAGGUAUAUUAUUGUACAUACUACAACAUUACGAUGUUUAAUAAAUAAAAACGUUGAAAGAA